AACUAAGUACAACCACACCACCCCCUUAAGCCAACAUUAUAGCCCCCCACAAGAACAAUGCCCUACACCCACCUAGUCAUAAUCUGCUGCCACGCAAUCUACACCGGCGGGCCAACCAACGGCCUCUCCGAAAACGAAUGGAUAAUUGAACCCUUCCAAAAAGGCGAAACCCCCACAUUCACCAACCACAUCAAAGCCGGCCUUCAACUCUUGGUGAAUGAUCCAUCCGCUUUGUUGAUGUUCUCGGGAGGACCGACUAAAAGACCCCGAACAGAGAUAUCAGAGGGUGAAUCAUAUCAUAACCUCGCACAAGAUAAUGACUACUUCGGGUUUUCUGCGCAGAUAGAUCCCGCGCGGGUAUUGGUUGAGGCUCACGCUACGGAUUCAUAUCAGAAUGUAUUGUUCUCGUUACUGAGGUUUCGGUUGGUUAUGGGGAGGUAUCCGGGUAGAGUGACGAUCGUGACGCAUGAGUUUAAGAGGGGGAGGUUUGAGGAGUGUCAUUUUCCGGCUUUAGGGUUGGGGUUGCGGGGAAGGGUGCAGGUGCAGGUGGUUGGGAUUAAUCCGCCAGAGGAGGUGACGUCGCUGGAUUCGUUGGUGGAGGGGGAGGAGAAGAGUGGGAUUGGGUUGUGGAGGGGGGAUAGGUAUGGGGUGCAGAGGGAGUUGAUGGGGAAGAGGGUUAAACGGGGGUGGAAGAUGGGGAUGGAGGAAGGGGUGUUUGUGAAUGUGGGAUUGGAGGAGGUGGUGGAGGAGUUGGUGCGGUGGGAUGGAGGGGAGAUGGGGAAUGAGUGGUUUCCUAAGAUGGAUCAGUUGCCUUGGUGUUGUGGUGGUGAUGAAGUUCAUUAG